AUGCAACUUUUGUUAUUCAUUAUCAUUUUGACUUUUGUCACCCAAUGCCAUUAUUCACAUUCUUCUAAGAAUCAGAACAAGAAUGAAGAUGAGAUUUAUAAUUCAGAUUUUUCAAAAGACUAUCGUAAGUCUAACGACGAUUCAGGCUUUUCAUCUAAUUCUCAUAAAACAAAUGUUAAAGAUCCAAACUUCAUCACCAGAUCUGUGGGAUCUCAUUCUAAGCCCUGGAUGAAUUAUUUUCAGCAAUAUUUGAGCUUUACUUCGUAUAUUAAGCACAAGGUAAGCAUGUUUAUUUCGGGUAUCUCCAGUUGGUUUCUAAGCGUUCUGAGCAUAUGCACGUAUUUGCCAAAGCCCAUUUCUAUUCUGAUUCGAAUUUUCUUUGAUUUGCUAGAGUUUCAUUCCUUUGUCUUUUUUCAUCGCGAGUUUAUAAAUCCGCCCAUAGAAAUGGUUUAUAAAGUGUUAUCGUUAGAUAUAUUCUCGCCAGAAGACAAUGGAGUAAAAUCCUCUUCUUCAGAAAAUGAUACUCCGUUUGUCAGUUUACUUAAAGAAAUAGAUCUCGAGCUUUCCAGCCAUGAAGUUUUUCCUUCUUUUAUAUUUGCAAUAUUCUCUAUAACUAAUUCAAAGAUCAACAGCUAUUUAGCUAAAGUAGUACCAUUUAUUACAGGCCUUUUUUCCGUCUCAAUUUUUUUAGCAGAAUAUAUUUUUAUGUUUUUCUUAUUUCGCUUCAAAUAUCAUCUGAUUAGAUAUUUUGAGGAUGCUUUUUUGAAAAGGUGCGGUUCAUUUUUGAGUACUUAUAUCUUUAUGAUAAACUGUAUCAAAGUAUUCACAAUGAAAUUUGUGCAUCUCCUUGUUCUUCCGUAUUUCAAUUUCUUGGAAAAGUUUUGUACUUAUUUUUACUCGUUGCUUUCUGUCUUAAUCAAACCGAUUUUCAACUUUCUGUUAUCUAAGUUUCCUUUUCUCGGUCCUUUUAUAAAUUUUUUAAUAUAUUUAUCGUCCCGUAUAACUGAGGGCUUUCGUUUUAUCGCUGCCAAUAUUAAGAUUGCUUUGGAUUACAGCAAUUCCUUCAUGGUGAACGCUCUAGAACUAUCUGGAAACCUUUUUGACACUUUUUUGGAUUACAAACAUGCCGUUGUAGAGAUAUCUGAAGACCUAGUCUCAACUAUCUCAAAUAGCACUGAAAACUAUCUGGCCCCACCACCGCCUCCCAUAGCGACACAAAUCGAACUUGACAAAGAGUGCCAAAAAAGACUUGGUGGUGGAAACGGUGGAACGCGAAAAAAAAAGGUUGAGGUUGUAAAACUCUUUGAACUAGAUGAAAAGUCGACAGAUAUAGAUACAGCUAAACUUACACCUACAGAUACACCUAUACCUAUACCUACAGCUGCAGCUGCAGCUUAA